AUGGCCGAGUCUGCUACCUCUCCAAUUGGUUCUUCAGACGCUGAUACAUCCGCCGUUCCUACUUCAUCACAAAUAGCUUCUUCAGCCGAAGUAUCCACUUCAGCUAACCCCAUAUCGUCUGUCGCCCCUUCCUCCGCACAACCAUCGUCUGCCGAGCCCACUACAUCUGCUACACCUUCCGCAUCUGCGUCUGCCGUCGACUCAAGCACAGUAGGAACCACCUCGCCGGCUGGCACCACAUCUCCAGACCCGUCAAGCGGAGGAUCAAGUGGAGGCGCAAGUAGUGCCGUUGCAUCAGGUGCAAGUGGUAGUGUCACCUCCGCUGCUGGAAGUGGAAGCACAACAGCUGCAGGUAGUGCAACGUCUGCCACCUCUGCUACUUCUGUACCCGCUGGAUCUCAAUCGGUCUCAGGUGGUUCCACAGUUGUCUAUGUCACUGUCACCGAUGCCAACGGAUCCACAGUCCUUCAACCUACCGCAACAGUUGGUGCUGGAUCAAGUUCUUCAGGUGGCGGCAGCAACACUGGUGCUAUCGUUGGUGGAGUAGUUGGCGGUGUCGCUGGUCUCGCGAUAAUCGGUAUCUUACUUUGGUUCUUCCUCAGGAGGAAGAAGUCUCACCGAAAUGAAUUUGACGACAUGAUGUUCGAUCCUGGACGACCUGAACAUCAAGCACCUAUCGAUCUUGGCGCAGAGGCCAAUGAACCCACUGUCGAACCAUAUUACGCCCCUGGAAUAGCUUCAACAGCAGGUUCGCCUCAGAUGGCUCAAUAUCCUCGAACAGCGGCUACCACCUCUGAUGGAGGUUACGGAGCGCAAGAUCUCUCAAGAGGCCCAUCAACAGGUACAUCAGCCGGUUUCGCUGGACGAGGUGCAGGUGCUGGAGCAGGAUACGACAUGCAAAACUUAGCUACUAUGCCGAUGCCUCAAGCUCAUCCAACGGGAAUAGCACCAGAACUUGCUGGUGCUGGUGCAGGUGCAGGUGCGGGUGCAGGUCUGGCUGCAGGCGGAAUGUCAGCUAAACAAAGGGAAGCCUACCAAGAAUCUCAAAGAUUCAGAGUACAAAACCAAGGUGGUUAUACUGGAGCAGCCAGUGGUUCAGGACCAAGUGGUAACGAACAAGCUGCGGCUAUGAGUCCAACAGGAACUUCGACAAGUGGAGGUGGUAACACAGUUCAUCAACAUCAAGAUGGUGGUAGACUACCAGAAUCUGAAGAUGUAGAAGAGCCUUAUUCUAACGAAGUCCCUCCUACGUAA